AACAAUGACAAAUGACACAGAUAAUAGGUUAGUUUUAGAUUUUUAAUUGUAAGCAUAUUGUAAGUAAAUAACUGGUAAAUAAUUUGUUAAUGAAUAUAUUCUGUUAAAAAUAGAAUGGUCAAAAUUAAGGGAAAUGAUAUAGCAAGGUACCUUUUUACAUUUAAUAAAAGAAAUCCAGGUUUUGGAAAAUAUGCAUUUGUUGAACCGGGCAAAGUUAGUGCACAAAAAACAGUUCCUGAUAAUAUACCUAAGCCAAGUUAUUAUAAGUCGGGCGAACCUAUAGAACGAAUUAACAGUCCAGAAAUAAAGAACUUGGACCAAAUAGAAAAAAUGAAAGACUCAUGUAAAUUGGCUGCUAAAAUUUUGAGCAAAACGGAAAAGAGUAUUAAAGUGGGACAAUCGACUGAUGAAAUUGAUCAUUUAGUUCAUAAUCUCAGCAUAAAAUAUGGCGCAUAUCCGUCGCCUUUAAAUUAUAAGUUUUUUCCAAAAUCAGUUUGUACGUCCGUUAAUAAUGUUGUGUGUCAUGGUAUCCCUGAUGAUAGAGCUUUAGAAGAUGGAGAUAUCAUUAAUGUAGACAUAACAGUUUUUUAUAAUGGCUACCAUGGGGAUUGUUCAAAAACAUUCUUAGUAGGUGACGUUGAUGAUGAAGGGAAAAAACUGGUAGAAGCCACUAGAGUUUGUUUAUAUGAAGGUAUUGGGGUGUGUAAGCCUGAGGUUCAUUUCCGCGAUAUUGGAUAUGCUAUUGAAAAGAAGGCAUCUGAAUUAGGAUACAAUGUAAUACCAGCAUUUUUGGGUCAUGGAAUUGGGCAUUACUUUCAUGGACCGCCAGACAUAUAUCAUAUUAGAAAUGCUUAUCCUGGUAAAAUGAAACCAGGCAUGACAUUUACCAUUGAGCCAAUUUUAACUCAAGGUGACGAUUUAAUUGAUAUUCUAGAAGAUAAUUGGACUGCGGUGACUGCAGAUAACGCCCGUACUGCCCAAUUUGAACACACUGUUUUAAUUACAGAGUCAGGAGUAGAAAUUUUAACACUAAACUCAUAAUAAAACUAAUAUAUUUAAUUUAAUAGUAUUUUAUUUUUAUAUAUAAAUGGCAUGUACUGUGUACAAUAUUUAAAAUUUGUGUACAUAUUGCUCCCACUCUCUAUACAAUACUAUUUAUACAAUUUUAAAAGUGGGCGGAGAUGUGAAAAUAACCAACCCGCUUCUCUUUGAAUUCAGAGUGAUGAAUAAUGAAUUACACACAAUGGAAUGUCUUAUAUUACAAAUAAAUUAUUAUGAAUAUCGUUGAUUAUUUUCCCACUUUCCUCUUUGUAAGUAUUAUUUACAACUAUAAUGCAAUUACUUGCUGACAUAUCUUUACAAAUUCUAAUAGAAAAAUAUAUAAAUAUUACAUCUAAUUUUGAAUUGCCAGUGGUGUUUUCAUAUAUACAUACUAGGGAAGCACAUUCCAUUUAAACCUACGGCAUCCAUACAAUCAGUUAAAAAUGUUUUAGAAUUGUAUACAGGGUGUGUUAAAAAGAUCGCAACAAAUGCGAUUUUUCUUUGAUUGUGAUAUAGGCUUGGAAUUAUUUCCGGAUCAACCGACAAUAAUAAAAUCAUUUUAACAUGUCAUGUAUUAUGCGGCAACUGUCAUGGCGGCCAAUUACAAACAUUUUCCAUAUACAAAAAUUAGGGUUAAAUAACACAAUAUCGAAAUAAGUUAAAAUCUACCAAAUUUCCUAAUUUUACAGGGGUUGUUAUCUAUAGACCACUGAAAAAUUAUUUUUAUUAGAUUCGGUUUGUUUCAAUUCUCAGAUUCCCAUAGCCUGAUGGCACAUUGCGCGUUUUUGCGGUGCCGCUAAAACGCAUUCGUUUUUAUUGCCGCCGCACCAACAUGGCACCAACCAUAUACACAAAAACGCAUAGUGUGCCAUGUCUCAUAUAAAUGCAUAUGUUGUCACCAUCUCUGCGUUUCUGCGGCAACCUCAAAAACGCACAGUGUGUCACAGGGCUUAUGCAAUUCAUAAGAAAAAAAUGUUUUCGAAAAAUAAUUGAAACUAUCUUUUUAUCCCCGCAUUUUAAACUUGAUACACAGACGUAAAAUCGAAUUAAACUCUUCUCUUUGACUUUUUUUUAUAAUUUAUAGAUAAGAUUUAUAGAGGAUUAUUGUAAUUCGCCGCCAUGACAGUUGUCCCAUAACAUGUCAAAAUGUUUUUUCUGUCAUUGGGUAUGUUGAAUAAUUCCGUGAUUCUUUGAAUAUAACUCAAUAAUAACAAAAAUCCAAUUUAUGACUAACUUUUUGGCACACCUUGUAUAUCUAGAAAAAGCUAACUGAUAUUAUAUUCUACAACUCUAGUCUAGAAACGUUAUACUUACAAUAAAAUAGGAUUUAAUAAUUUAUCAAAAGGAUAUGUCAACAGCAAGAUAGUAUAAAAAAAUAAAAACUACAACCAAACAAAAUAAUUUAAGAUGAGAAAGUUAAAGCAAUACAAACAAAUUGUAUUUGUACUAAUUAAUAAGUUAAAAAAAACAUACACAUACUUAAUAAGAAACAAUGUAUAAAAAGCUUUAAUUACAAUCCAAAAGUAUCUGUUUUAGAUUGUGAUCAAAACAACACUUAAUAUUAUAUAGCAACUUAAAUAAAAUAUAUCUGUACAAAACAAUGUCUUUGAUCUUAAACAACUAACAAAAAAGUUAUCACUCGAGAAGUUUAUAAUAAAUAUUUAUAAAAUAAAAACGUGUCCAUCAAAAUGCAUGUGUGCGUUUGGCAAUUAUUUCUUUUCCACAGAGGUUCAUUUAUAAUAUAUGAUUCAAUGCUAAACAUUAAAACAGAAA